GUUGAAAUCAUGUCGUGCCCCGAGAAGAUCGAGAACCCCAACGAGAGUCUCGUUACACCGAAAUGGUUAAAUAAGUGCAAAUUUGAGUCCUUGCUCGCAAAGGAUGAACCUGAUUAUACCAAGAUUGUUACGUUUACCUCUGUGGCUGCUGUGCCGCCAGGAGGAAAUUUUACAUCAGUCAUGUUUCGUGUUUAUUUGGAUUUAGAAAUGAAAGAUGGAAAUCAAAAAAGAAAGUCGUAUGUGGUCAAGACCACCCUGAAUUCAGAUAGGGGUGGCAAGGCAGUGGAUGAGAUGCGCUACUUUCAGAAGGAGCAGCUAAUGAUGAUAACCCUUUCAGCGGAGAAGGAUUUGCGCGUCAGGGAAUUUGAUAAUUUUUAUUGGGCCCAAUGCCUUAGCACUUUGGAUCAGGAUCCCGAAGAGUUCAAAGUUCUUAAUCACGGCGACUUUUGGUCUAGCAAUCUGAUGAGCAGCUAUCUGCCCGACGGAAGUCUCGAUAAGCUCAUACUGAUCGACUUCCAGAUCACCACAUGGGGCAGUCCAGCGGUGGACCUGCUCUUCUUCCUCACCCUCUCCCCAGCCACGGAAUUGCGUAUCAAGGAGUUCGAUCACUUUGUGAGAAUUUACUGGGAACGCCUGAUCGAGUGCUUAAAGGUUUUAAAACUGAAGAAGUCGCUGCCAAAACUACGCGACCUGCAAAGCUCCAUGAACAACAAGCACCAUUCGUUUUACGCUUUCUUCAGUCUGACAAAUCACCUGCCCAUUAUCCUGUUCCCUACCGAUAAGGACAGCAAUUUGCACAACAUGACCGCUGAAACGGAGGAAGGAGAGAGUCUUCGAAUGCGUUUGCUCUCCAAUCCCGCCUUCGGAAAUGUUAUGAAGGAGCUCUAUCCCUUUUUAUAUAACCGCGGAAUUCUAAACUUUGAUGACUACGAUGAGUGA